CCGUCGCCAUGUUUAUAGAACGAUGUGUCCUUGAUGUGUUCUGCUAAAAUGUUGAAAAUUGUAGAUAUAUUUCGCUUCUGAAAUAUAACGUGGAAUACCUAUUUGUAGAACAAAGUGUGACAAAAACUGUAAUAAUAUUUGCAAUUGCGGAUGACUAAGAAAUACUAGAAUAAUUUGUGAUCAAAGAAUGACAAGAUUUCGAUGAGCGACGAAACCCCGGGGGUGGGGCAGGGUGCUCUGCCCCCGCGUGAGGGCUCCAUGCUCUCGCGUUCAGUGGCAGAGCGCCCUGCAAUGAGAUUGACUCAAGUCGCAGGAGGUCAGUAUGUGUUGACCACCCAAUCACCAGGAGGAGUUCCAGCUCUGGCACAGCUGAGCCCAGCCAAUCUUGGACCCAAUAGCUCUAACUUACAACAGGCUGGAGUAACUAGAAUAAUAAGCAUCAGUCCGUCACGAAGUGGACAUGCCUCAACGCUAAGGCCAAGUCAGGCUAACCAGUCCAUAGUUAAUGUCUUGACAAAGCCCAGAGUGAACACCAAUCUCCGCUUGCAACUAUUUCAAAAUGUAGAUGGCAAUGCCUCAGUUCCCCAGUUGACUCCCACCUCAAGAUCGCCUUUGAAAAGGCCUGUUUCGACGGUAAAUGAGAAGAGAGAUGCUUAUUCAGCUAAAUUACAAAGAGUUAUGAACCAUAGGAUAGUUCGAUCCAAGUUAGUCAAAGAAAAAUACAAUGAGCAUUUGAUGGAGUUGUACUUCUUGGAAACGGGAGGAAAUCUCCUCGAUCUUCAUCAGUUUGCCAAAAGGCCAAAAACUGCACAUUAUUUGGCUUACCUAAAAGAGCAUGCGGUUGAUCCCAAAGAAUACAAUGAAAAUAUUAGUAGUAAUAGUAAUAGUAUUCCCAUACCACAGAUUGUGCCAAGUACUCCUUCAGCAACACCUGUUAGUUCAUUACCUGGAAUCUCGCAUUCCAAUUCAACUGUUACCACCAUUACAGAAUCUACACCUAAAAACACUCCAAAACAGAAAACUGCCCAAGGAAAUCAGGAACAAAUUAUGGAGAAGGCUAAGCAGGAAGCAUACGUGGUACAACGAAUAUCCGAUCUUCAGAAAGAAGGUCUCUGGUCGGAAAAACGUUUACCAAAACUCCAAGAAAUGCCUAGAAUAAAAUCACAUUGGGACUAUUUAUUGGAAGAAAUGGUGUGGUUAGCUGCAGACUUUGCCCAAGAACGUAAAUGGAAAAAAGCAGCUGCUAAAAAAUGUGCAAAAAUGGUGCAGAAGUACUUCCAGGAUAAGGCACUAGCCGCCCAAAGAGCAGAAAAAGCUCAAGAACAACAUCUUAAACGAAUAGCUGCUUAUUGUGCGAAGGAAAUUAAAAACUUUUGGAACAAUGUCGAAAAAUUGGUUGAAUACAAACAGAAUACAAUACUUGAAGAAAAAAGAAAAAAAGCAUUAGACCAACAAUUAAGUUUCAUCGUCGAUCAAACUGAAAAAUAUUCUCAACUCCUUGCAGAAGGAAUGAAUAAGAGUGUGAACGAUUCGUCUCAGGUAGAGAAGAAUACUUCUUUGGCUUCGGAGUCGAGGGUGAAUUCUGAUGAUGAAUUUCAACCCGACAAUCAGAGUAGUACCGACGAUGAAGAAACCAUAGAGCAAGAGGAAGCAAAUAUUGAUGCUGAAAGACAGAGUGAAGAAGUGGCAGCUUUACAGAAGGAAUCUGAAAUGGAUUUGGAAGAAUUUCUGAAGGAGUUGCCCAAAGACUAUUUGGAGAAUAGGGAUAAAAUAAAAUUUAGCGAUGAAGAGAGUGAUCAGGAAAUGAAAGUAAACAAUAAGAAUGAAAAAGAGGAUGCUGACUUCAAAGCUUCAAGCAGUGAAGAAGAUGAUGAAGCGACGAUUGAAGAACAAGAGAAAAAUGAGAGCUCAACAAAUCAUGAAGAAGAACUGAAGGAUCUGGAGGCAGAAAAUGAAAUGAGUAUUGAAGAACUUCGUAAGAAAUAUGGAAAUCUUCCUGAUGUCGCUGAAAAUUGCACUUCCGAAUCGUCUUCUGAAGAUGAAGAAAGCGAAAAAGAGACUGAGGAUAGUGAAGACGAGGUCAAUGCUUCUGAAGAUGAAAAGAGUCAAGCUGGUCUGGAAUUGUUACUAGAUGACUCUAAAGUGAGAGAGGAUAAACAGACUGAAAACGAUGACUUAAUCAACGAUGCCGCAGCGAUAGCGGAAAGUAUACAACCGAAAGGAAAUACUCUGUCUUCUACAAAUGUUUCCACAACUAUUCCAUUUUUACUUAAAUACUCAUUGAGGGAAUACCAACAUAUAGGUUUGGAUUGGUUAGUAACAAUGUUUGAAAGAAAAUUGAAUGGAAUAUUGGCAGAUGAAAUGGGAUUGGGUAAAACAAUUCAAACAAUAGCUCUCUUGGCACAUUUAGCAUGUGAAAAAGAAAACUGGGGUCCCCACUUGAUCGUGGUUCCAACAUCUGUUAUGUUGAAUUGGGAGAUGGAAUUCAAAAAGUGGUGUCCAGGUUUUAAAAUCCUAACUUACUAUGGUUCUCAAAAGGAAAGGAAAAUGAAAAGAACUGGAUGGACAAAACCAAAUGCUUUCCAUAUAUGCAUUACUUCCUAUAAGUUAGUGAUUCAAGACCAUCAGAGUUUCAGAAGAAAAAAAUGGAAAUAUUUAAUUCUAGAUGAAGCUCAAAAUAUCAAGAACUUCAAAUCUCAGAGAUGGCAGCUGCUUCUGAAUUUUCAAACCCAACAACGUUUGCUGCUCACUGGAACUCCUCUACAGAAUAAUCUGAUGGAAUUAUGGUCGCUUAUGCAUUUCCUUAUGCCAAAUGUAUUUCAAUCUCACAGAGAGUUCAAAGAAUGGUUUUCGAAUCCGGUUACUGGGAUGAUUGAAGGAAAUAAUGAAUAUAAUGAAAAUAUCAUCAAAAGAUUGCAUAAGGUAUUGAGGCCUUUCCUUCUUAGGAGGUUGAAAUCAGAAGUUGAAAAGCAAAUGCCAAAGAAGUAUGAACAUGUGGUUAUGUGCAGGCUAUCUAAGAGACAAAGAUUUUUAUAUGAUGAUUAUAUGUCACGAGCAAAAACAAAAGAAACUCUAUCAAGUGGAAAUUUGUUGAGCGUUAUAAAUGUACUAAUGCAAUUGAGAAAAGUGUGCAAUCAUCCAAAUUUAUUUGAAGUUCGUCCUACCAUAUCUCCGUUCCAAUGUGAAGGUGUUACUCUCCAUAUACCCUCUAUUAUCUUUGGUGCAUUAGAGUACGAUGUAUGGAAACACAUAAACUACGUAUCUUUGAAUCUCAAUCUUCUCUCUAUGGAAACAUAUGUUAGUGCUUAUCAAUCUUAUCGUGCAAGAACACUAUGUACUCCUGCAAAAAUUAUUGAGCUGAACCAGGUACCUGAGGAGAUUCCUCCUUGUCCCCCAUCUAGACUUAUUAUGAGAAUAAGAAAACACGACAAUGAUUCAAGUGUCAAAGUUGAGAAAAAAGAAUCUAAUAAUGGUAGAGGGAUACAUCAAAACCUAAAAUUGAAGGUCGGACAACCAUAUAGUAUGCAACUUGUACAACAGCAUGGUGGAAUUGUCAAAGCUAUUCCAGUUAAUAUUGCACAAGGUGCAACUGGCAUUUCUUCAGCUAAUAUAUCUAAUGCCGCCUCAUUACUGAAAACUGGAGACAAUAAGAUAUCUGCUAGUUUUGCACAGUUAGUGCAAACGUCUACAGGGAAACAUUUGUUAUUGACAUCCACUCCAAAUAUUGCUGGAACUACAAGUGGAGCAGCUCAAAAACUAACCUUGCUAUCUAAACAUCCCGUCUCAACAGCUACCAAUGCCCAGCCUCUCCACAAAGCAUUUGUGAAAUUUCAACUCACUUCUGUUAAUGCCCCUCCAACAAAUACAUUGACAACGUCCAUUCCAAAGUCUGGUGUUAAGGAAUUACCAAAGGUGGGAUCAAAGUUCAUAGAACAGUUGUAUUCCAAUCAGACAAAUCAAAAUAAUUUGGAUGUCCGAUGGGAAGAUACCCAACAAAAAGAGCAAAAAGAAUCCCGUGAAAUUGAUAUGAAAGUCAGACUGAAAAUAAUGUCUGAAAUAAAUGAAAGACGUAUGAUGGCAUGUCCGAUUUAUGGAAGUGACUUACAUGCUGCUAUUAAAAUAACGAAUUUAAAGGCAGAAAAAUGGUGUAAUGGCAGGAGCAUUUGUUUGGAUGCUAUGAGACGAACAAAUAUUGACAGUGAAGUUCUGAAAGGAGUUUUAUAUACUCCAGAACGAAGAAUCGCCGAAAUGGCGCCAAUUACAGAUAGAUUCAUUUUUUAUGUUCCUUCUGUGAAUGCACCUCAGCCAGAGCUUCAAGUUUGGCAUCCUCACCCAGGAGCAUAUAAGGACAUAAAAGAAGUGCCUCAAAAACUGGCUACAAUAUUCUCGAGGCCAACAUCUGUAUUACAUAAGCUAGCCUCCGCCAGGGUUACGCAGUUUCCAGAUCCUAGACUGAUACAGUACGAUUGUGGAAAAUUACAAACUCUAGAUAAACUCCUGAGGAAACUUAAAUCAGAGGGUCAUCGAGUGUUGAUAUUCACUCAGAUGACUAAGAUGUUGGACGUCUUGGAAGCUUUCCUUAAUUUCCAUGGCCACAUUUAUCUGAGGUUAGACGGUACUACUAAAGUAGAUCAGAGACAGAUACUGAUGGAGAGAUUCAAUGGUGAUACAAGAAUAUUUGCUUUUAUUCUCUCAACAAGAUCGGGUGGUGUAGGAGUUAAUCUAACUGGGGCCGAUACUGUGAUAUUUUAUGAUUCCGAUUGGAAUCCGACCAUGGAUGCCCAGGCCCAAGACAGAUGUCAUCGCAUUGGUCAAACUAGAGAUGUACAUAUUUAUAGGUUAGUUAGUGAACGUACAAUAGAAGAAAAUAUACUGAAAAAAGCCAAUCAAAAAAGAUUACUGGGCGAUUUGGCAAUUGAAGGGGGCAAUUUCACCACAGCCUAUUUCAAAAGCUCCACCAUACAGGACCUCUUCAACAUUGAUAAUGCUGAAGAAAGUGCCGCGAACAGAAUGUCUGAAGUUCUUGAGAGUAACAGAGAUAGAUCAGAAGCUCUUGCAAGACGGACGAAUUCUCCAAACUCUACGCCUGGCGAUGAAAAAGUGGCCAUUGGAGCUCUGGAGAAUGCUUUGGCUGCUUGUGAAGAUGAUCAAGAUGUUCAGGCUGCUCGAACUGCUAAGGCUGAAGCUGUUGCAGAUUUGGCUGAAUUUGAUGAGAAUAUUCCAUUGGAAGAGGUCAAAGAUAAGGAGCCUGAGAUUAGUAGAGCAGAACAGGAGAUUGAGAAUGUCAUCAAGAAGCUGAGCCCUAUUGAAAGAUAUGCAAUGAAUUUCAUUGAGCAGACAGAAUCUGCCUGGUCAGCGGAACAAUUAGCUGCAGCUGAGCGACUGAUUGAAGAACAGAAACUUGAAUGGGAGCAGAACAGAUUGGCUGCCAUGAAGGAAGAAGAAGAACGGCGAGCACGUGAACUAGAGGAAGAAAAUGAUCUGUUGACUUUUUCAAGGGAGGAUGCCAAUAAUCAGGUUUGGCUUUCUGAUAAUGGCAAUGAGCAAAUGCCUAUGUGGUGCCCACCCACACCACCUCAACAAGAGAACGAUGUAUACAUUGACAAUGCUGUCUCCUUCCUUUAUGAAACUGAAAUAAUGACGGAAAACCAAUUACCUCCCGUUUAUGUAAAAAAAGAAGCUAAACGAACUAGAAUUGAAGCUGGAUUAUCUGAGGGGAGACGUUCAGUCAAAAUUCCUAGAAAAGAGGAGAUUGUGAAUGCUCCGAAAUCUAUAUUCCAUCCACAUGCUCUCUUCAAGAUGAGGCGAGAUGUUAAAUGGCAGAAAUAUAGAAAUUUGAUCCGACCAGGUAUUUCUAUACCGGGAAAAGCAACUUCUAAUAAAAUUGCCGGAGAUCUACCUAUAUGUCACGAAUGGACUAUACAUGAGGAUAUGGGUCUUCUCAAAGUUAUACAAAACUUUCAAAAUCUGCCCAUUAAUUUAAUGAUCACAUCCCCUGCUCAUACACCAAAUUGGGAUUUUGUCGCAGAUUAUGUGAAUACAGUAUCGAUCACUUACAGAUCACCGAAGCAGUGUCGGCAGAGGUACGAUUCAGUUCUGAUGCAGCGUGAAGAGGGCAAACAAAUAUAUGACCAAUCUAUGCGAAAGAAGAAAAAUAAGAAUUCAAGUCCUCAAAAGUUCGUUUUUCAACAACAAAAAUCGAACCGACCUAUGAGGACUUUACAGCUGUAUACUCAAGACAAUAACUCGAGUUUUUCACAAACUAUCACCCAGAAAUAUGAUGCCAGUUUGGCUCAUUCAAGUAAACCUAAGCCUCCUGAUAGAACUGCGAAUAAUAUACUUCCUAAGAAUCCAAAACAUACAGUUGUAUGGAAUGAAUGCGGCAUCGAUUUUGAUCAUCCACUGCUUCCAACAGAUGUUGCUGUUAGAAGGGCUGAAAGAAUGGCUAGAGAAAAGAAGAUGACAACUGAAGCAAGAAUGCAGUUGAUGAAAGGCAUUGUAGGUCAAGGCCAGUCUUCAAGUACCAGCGCAGUAUCAGCAGUGUCAACAAAUAUCCAAAAUAUUACUCCAACCCAAACUGCCGGUAACGGAACUCCAGCGAUUGUGACUGUGACUGCUGCUACUACUGGUACUACUGCACCGAGUACUCCAAGUACUAUAAGAGGUCAGAGAAUAAUCGCAUCUCCACUUCAAUCAUCCACCGUAGUUUCAGUUUCGAAUUUGAGCCCUGCACAACUGCAAGCAGCUACACAAAGACUUAUAGUCUCUGCUAAUUCUGCACAAACCAAGAGUAUUGUUACAGGCCAAGGAGUACAAAGUAAAGCCAUCAGUCCCGCACAGUUGCAAAUGAUCAGGCAAGCUGCUUCUCUCAAACAACAAGUUAGGCUUCAAACUCAAGGAUUGAAAACCUCAACUGUUACGAUAGGAGGACAGGCUACUGUUGUUCAGUUCACUCAAGCACAACCCAGGCCCCAGUUUGUCAGGCAAGGCACUGUCCCUCUAGGCAGUAAAACAGCAAUUACUCGUACAGAUAGUGAAGUUGCUCAGAUUUUGAAAAAACAACAACAACUUCAGCAACAGAAGGCUCUGGCUGCAGCUGUCGCUAGUCAGUCAAAUACAAUUCAAAAUUUAUCACCACAAGUCUUUGCUCAUGCUUUUCAACAGGCAGGAACUUCUGGCACUCCUGUAGCAACAUUGGUCAAAACCGUUUCUAGUUCUGGCGUUUCUCAGGCAGUAACGAUACCGAUUGCAUCAGCCAAGUCUCUAAAUUCUCAGCUGAAAGCAAAUCCCCAACAGAUACGUCAACUUCACAUACAGCAACAGCUAUUAGCACAGAAGAAAUUGGGAACCCAAAAAGUGAGUAUUGCUCAAGUUGCGGGUACGAAAACAAACAUGCAGACACAGCUUAUAGUCGGAUCAAAGCCUCUACAAACAGCCAUGACUGUACAGCAAUUUCAACAAGUUAUAAGAUCACCUCUUGGUGUAUCACAAGGACCUGUAGUUUUAGCAAAAGGAACUCCGAGAGUUAUUCCAGUGAAUACUGGUCCAGGAACUAAACAAACAAUUCAGGUUGUUGCAGCAACAUCUCAAGGUCUUUCUUCUGGAUUACGCCCUCAAUCUUCUUCAACUCUCGCAGGCGCACUUGCGGGUUUGAAAGUUCAAGGUCAAACUGCUAGUCAAACACAGCAAGCUCUACUAAGUCAUGUUUCCGCUGCUUUGCAAAGCCAAAGUGUAGGUGUUCGACAGGGUAGUCCUGUAAGAAUUCAAACUUCCAGUGGUACUCCCAUAGUUGCAGUUUCUGUACAAUCUAAUUCAAGUAUUGGUAGCCAGAGUGUUAACCCUGACCAAAUCACAAGAUUCAUGAAAAAAUGAAAAGAUUAUUCUUCUUCAACUGUUUUCAUUCUCUCUGGGAAUAACAUGUGCACAUUGCUUGCAGACAUUGAGUUUAUUUAGGAGUAUAAUUCGAUAAAAUUGAAACAUCCUCUUUAUAUUUAUUCAAAGGUGAACAAUCUUAUAAUGAUGAUGUAAUGUUUUUAUAAACCAUGGACUUUUAAAAUUCAUAAAUAAUAUAAUUUUGAUUUUUGGUAUGCCCAAUGAAAGCUGGGAUAUUAUAAAAAAUUAUAAAAAAAAAACAAAAUAAAAAACUAAAAUGAAAUGCUAUUUUAAAAAAAAUUAACUUCUUGGUAAUGGUUGUUUAAUUUGACUUGAUGUAGAAUGACGAGCGAUACAAAAAUAUAAUACAUAUGCCAAAACAAAUCUGGAUGUUAGUUAUAUAGUAGCUCUAAUCUUGAAUACCGUGAAAGAACGGUAUUUACUCACACUUCAAAUUCAGACGCACUUGAUAAAAUUUUAAUAUUUCUUUUUCCGAACUUUUCGAAAACUGCAACCACUAUUUAAUUAUUUUUUAUGGUUUUUUCUGUUUUUUAUGGUCUUUCAUGACAAUAUUUUAUUUGAAUCACUCCAAUUUUGUUUGUAUAUAGAUCAAAAAAUGAUAUAUUGAAAAAGUUGAAUGUUUUGGUUCAUAUUAUUAUUUUGAAAUCACGAGGUUUCAAAUAAUGGAUAAAAUUUGGAGUAAAUAAAUUUCUCCAUAGAUGUAUGGGGUGUUUGUUCAGAAAUAAAAUUUCAGCCUUACAUCAAAACGGGUCUAAUAUGGUAGUGUUCAUUACUGUAUUUAAACAGCUAUGUAGAUAUUUGUAGUAGUUUUAUCACAUCCAUCUAUAUAGAGCCAUCAUUCAAAAAUUCUUGUGACUUCAGCUGUACUGUUUCACUUCCAUUCAUCAGUUUUGUUUUUUCAUUGCACCACUUCUUUUUUUAUAAAUUAUGUAAUAAUAAGAUACCACCACACUUUCAAUUAAUAAUACUUCAUUUUAUUCAUAACUCAUAGUGUCUAUACUGUGAUAGUAAAACUUUUUCAAGUAUUAUUGGUCCUCUGUGUUUUAACUGAAGAUUGAUGUACAUAUUAGCUGAAAUAUACUCCAAGCAAUUGUUGUAAUAUAGGAAUUUUGUUAAUGCACGAAGACUUGUACAUAUUUGUAUAAUAAUUUUACAUUGUAGGUAUGUGACAAUAAAUAUAAUUUUUUAUAA